UACUUAUAAGGAUGAUAAGUACAUUGUUUUUGAAAGCUGCCUAAGGGAGCUUUUUCAAAGCUGUCCUGUAUGCAAGAGGCAGUGUGACGUUCAGCGACGGAAAAUGGGAACGUAUGUGUCAUUCACACACCUCUGCCCACACUGCAACUAUUCAAGACAGUGGCAGAGUCAGCCUGUUGUAGGAAGUACCCCCGUCGGCAACCUACACCUGUCAGCGGCAACGUAUUUCACCGGUGCAUCCUUCAUCCAACUGGAAAAGAUAUGCAAGGCCAUGAAUCUUCAGAUUUUCCAGUAUGACACCUUCAGGAGGCAUGCUAGGAGUUUUCUGGAGCCAGCCAUAAUCCACAAAUGGAAGAUGGAUCAGCAACAUCUUUUUCAAAAGUUACUGCAUGGAGGAAAGAUUGGAGUCAGUGGAGAUAUGCGAGCUGACUCCCCAGGGCACUCAGCACAGUAUGGGAGCUACACGCUGAUGCACCUAGACAGUAACUGCAUUAUUGACCUUCAGCUUGUUCAGAGCAAUGAAGUAGGUGGUAGUUACCACAUGGAGAAGGAGGGCCUUAAACGCUGCCUGGAUCUACUGGAUUCAAACGGUUUGGAGGUGGACUACAUUGUCACCGACCGUCAUCCACAGAUCCAGAAGUAUCUGAGGGAGCGCAGCAUCACCCACUUCUAUGAUGUGUGGCACUUUGAAAAAGGUUUGUCAAAGAAACUUGACAAAGUUGCGCAAAACAAGGACUGCGGGGUGCUGAAGAAGUGGCUGCGUAGCAUUAAAAACCACGUCUACUGGAGUGCAACAUCGUCAACAUCAGGGCCAGAGAAGGUAGCCAAGUGGACGUCGAUUGUCAACCACAUCCAGAACGUGCACUUGCAUGAAAACCCUCUUUUCCCUAAGUGCCAACAUCCUGAUAGAGUGUCAAGGGAUCCAAGUAAAUGGUUUAAACCAGGUAUGUAA